CAGAGCUUCUGCAAUGUUUCAGAGCCCAGUGCUUUUCCAAGAUGCACUCACAGUGGAUUGCCACAGCCUAAAGGACAAGUCAAGAGGCUUUUAUUGUCAUUCCAUCUAUGUGCACAGUGGAGUGAAAUUACGUUCCUCCAAGGCACAACACGGUGCAACAUGAAGCAGAAGAGGCAGUACAAAGUGCAACGUGCAGACGGAGCCAGCAGUUGUGUUGGCACCUCCGGCGGGCACAUUUACGGAUCAGCUGGAGCAGCUUAUGCGAGUUGCCUGAGAGCGACAUGACCCCAGCAGCCAUCAAUCACUGGCCAUGACAGCGAGGGUGGCCACUACAACAUGACUCCAAGGCCACGUAGCUACUUGCUUCUGUCAUGAGCCUCAGCAAGCUCUUGGAGCUAUUCGGCCAAGCAUUUGACGAGGCCCCCCAUGGCCCAGUUAGGCAACUGGUGAUCAUCACAAACCCCAGCAGAUGGAUCUCACUGUGGCCUGAAACGGGUGUCCGGACACAUGCAGACGUCCAGCCUUGGUGGGUCAUCAGUUACAGCCCUGAGCUGGCACUGGCUCAAAGGGGAUGCUGGGAAAUGCAAUCCAUAUGGUGGCACUAUAAAGCUUAGCACUGAGCACAUCCAUAGUCCAAUAUCAACUCAGGACUCUUCAAAAACCAUCAAUUCAGUAGGUGCCUCUCCCGUAGCGACCGCGGUGGUCAGCUGUAUUGAAGAUUCCUCCAGAGAUCAAGGUGACCAGGACCGGCUGCUUCCAAGUGGAGGUCCUGCUGGAUUUGAUAUGCGGAUUCUAUGCCAUGUGAUAUUCCUGGUUAUGCUGGGAGGCAUUUUUUGCCAAAAUAACCGCAGUGCAAAGCCAAGUGGCAAACCUGCGAAAAAAGCCAGCAGCACCCAAACAGCUGAAGUUGCCCAGCAUGCCCCAGAUGAAGACUUGUACCCCGUACCAGGAGCUGCAGCCAGCUCCAGCAAAGACACCAUCCCUGCAGCCCGUGGAGGGACACAGCAGGGAGCAUCCGCCACCAAGCCUGCUGAAGACAUGAAGCUGCACUUCCUUAGGAACACACCGGCCAUGUGCAAUGACGGCACCACAGCUGGGUUUUACCUAAAGGAGUUCAAAGGAAGCAAGAGGUGGCUGAUAUUUCUGGAGGGUGGAUGGUGCUGCUACAACAAAGAGACCUGCGAUUCCAGAUAUAAAAAUAUCCCGCGCCUCAUGAGCUCAGCUGACUGGCCACAGACACGGAAAGGGAGUGGAAUUCUAUCUGCACAAGCUGAUGAAAAUCCUCACUGGUAUAAUGCCAAUAUUGUGUUCGUGCCCUACUGCUCUAGUGAUGUGUGGAGUGGUAACAAGCCUGCAGCAAAAGCCAAACAGGGGAAAGAAACAGAAUACUCCUUCAUGGGAUCUGUGAUCAUUCGGGAGAUGAUCAAAGACCUUGCAUCAAAAGGAUUAAAACAGGCCAAGGUCGUGAUGCUGGCUGGAACUAGUGCCGGGGGAACAGGUGUGCUACUCAACAUUGAGAAAGUGGCCAGUCAGCUGGAGCAGCUGGGGGCAGACACGCAGGUCCGAGGCCUCGUCGAUUCUGGAUGGUUUCUGGAGAGCAAGCAACAAAAGGCCCCUGACUGCCCAGACAGCAUCUCUUGCUCUCCUGUUGAUGCUAUUAAGAAAGGGAUCCGGUUAUGGAAUGGAGUUAUUCCAGAGAAGUGUAAGCAACACUACAAAAGAGGCGAGGAGUGGCAAUGCUUUUUUGGACACAAACUGUACUCCUUCUUGAGCUCACCACUGUUUGUGGUACAGUGGCUUUUUGAUGAGGAACAGUUGCGUGUCGAGAACAUAUACAUGGGUGGCCAGUCCCUUUCUGAGCAACAGUGGACCUACAUGCAGAACCUGGGAAAAGAGCUGAAAAACUCCCUCAAAGAUGUUACGGCUGUGUUCGCCCCCUCCUGCCUAUCUCACACAUUGAUCACCAGAAGUAACUGGAUGGAAUUCCAAGUGAAAGGCACAUCCUUGUCUCGCGCCCUACAGUGCUGGGACAGGAGCCUUCAAGAGGCCAGCAAGAACAGCAAAACUGCCCUGAAAGGCUGUCCCUUUCACCUGAUUGACAGCUGCCAAUGGCCUCAGUGCAACCCCACCUGUCCUGUAUUGAUCGACCAGGCCACACAGCAGGAGAUGACUCUGCUCCAGGUGCUAGCCAGCAUGGGCUUGGACUUGCAAAAGCUUGGCAUAGAUGCACGCCGGGACAGUAGCACAUCCACUGGCAUGAUCAGCAACGGUGGCUAAGGAAUUAGCAAGCGAUGGUGGAGCAAGUUCUCAUUGUCAGAAAAAUAAAAUCACUUUAUCCAUACUGUAGAGACUGCUCAGUGGCGCCCCUACAGCCACACAGCAUUCUGUUGUGUUCCAAAAGGAAUUGAGAUGUUUGACAAGUGGGUGUGUGUUUGGAUUUCUGUGCCAACAGACUGUCUUCGCAACCCUGUGUAUCCAAUAGGGAUUGGGUUUUGGGUUUUGCCUGAGACUCCUGAAUGAAGCUUGAGUUAUGAGUACAUGUAGCUAGUCACAGUUAAUCCAUAACUAAUGCUAGAUAAUCUGCAACUCUUGAACAAGGAGAGUAGAUCAAGGUGUCAUUUUAAUUGAACCAAAACUGUUUUAUCUUUGUAUGACAUUUCUUUGUACAGGACAUACCUUGCCAACAAAGGCAAAAGGUCUACAUGGCUGAACGAUACAAGCUCCCAACCUGAGCAGUAAAGUAAUUAAUAUCUUUACUAACUAAUAAAUAAUAUAUGUACUUCAGAAAAUGCAUCAACAUCUUUCCAAGUAGCUUACGUCACUCUGUGUUGUCAGAUACAAGGUUAGAAGCAGUUCUGAUUACUCCUCUAUACUUUCCCUGUAUGUUCUUAGAAAUGCAUGUCAACAUAGAAAUGGCAUGCAUAAAUACAUAGACUUGCUAUCUAUUUAUUAUUUUUUGUCUUGGUUGAAAAGCGUGCGACUUAAAUUCUGAUAACUUCAUUUUUUUUUUCAAAUGAAAUCUGCCUAUACUUUUUCAGCUAUUGAUUAUUUACUGUAUAUUUACUAAUGUAUUAAACAUUAUAGCCACACACACAGAUAUUUAUAUAGUUCUUGCACAUUUCUUUGUACCUUAUAUUAAAUAUCAUGUGUCUCUGACAUUUAUGGACUGCUGAAUAUUAAUAAAAAUUAAUGGAACCUUU